UUGGGAAGAAGAUGGUGCGUUGUAUUUUUGUGACAGCGUCGUUAUUCACUUGUUGAUUAUGUUUUCUCUUUUCAUGUUCGUUUUUUCUUUCUUCAACCCUACACGCCCAUCGUCAUCUGUGAAUAAAAGCGACGUCAAAUGCACCAAAGGUUGGUCGUAAAAGGAGGCGAAGCUCGACGGACAGAGACAUGGAUGUGUUGGCAGAGGUUGAGUCGAGUAAGAAGAAAGUGAGAGGGGAUACUCCGCUCACUCAAAGUGAAUCGUCGAGUUCUCCUGCACAGGCUGUUGACUCGGAGGGUAUGAAGGAAGUUACCAAAGGCGUGAAGGACGUCGAGUUGAAGGACAAGGAGAAGAAACAGCAGAAAACAGUUGGGGACAUUCACCCGGAAACUGUACCUUUACCUGAAGAGGUUGCAGGGGAACUAGACUCUUCGUCUAUCGCCUCGACACCACCCCCUGGACAAGAUGAAGAAGGAGAGGACGAGAAAGAUGCUGUUACUACCGAUACUGAUGUCAAAGCGGAAGUCAAAGAGGGUCAGAAUCAGUCAGAUGAUGACGAGACUAAGGUGGGCGAUGUCGCUGAGGCAGCAGCUAGCGUAGAGGUGUCGAAGGAGCCCAGCAAAGAACCCGUAACGGAGGUUUCGGCUGAUGCUACAACAGCUCAAGACGCAGACCCCAAGAACUAAACAGCUCGAACACGCAUUAACGUGACGAGCCAUAUCUAUCAUACUCAUUAACGCCCCUUCCUUUCGCUUGUACAUCUUCCUGGAUACCCCCUACUCUCCUCUUCUCCGUCCUCUAUUCUAUCCCCCAUAUUUACGACAUUCCUAUAGCUGUCGCUCAACCAUCUGUUUUACUUAUUUCAUUUUUUUAUCUUAUUUCUGUCCUUGUAUCAUUUCCCAACGGCAAGGGUUUUCAUAAGCAUCCUUUAUGAUGGCGUUGUUGUGUUACUUUCAUACACGACCUUCUCGAAAGUUGGCUCUUCCAUGUACUCUUGUCAUCGUCACCUCUGCUUUGCGGUCGCUCUGCAUCCGGC